AUGAAGAAGAGCUACUCAAUUCUGAUACUUGUGCAGUUUUUAUGCUUUAGUCUUUCACUAGGAGGGGACACCAUUUCUGUGAAUGUAUCUGUUUCUUCAGGCCAAACAAUUAUGUCUUCAGGUGGGAAUUUUGAGCUUGGUUUCUUCAGACCAGGCGACUCUCGAUCCUAUUACAUAGGCAUAUGGUACAAGAAACUAUAUCCUCAAGAAGUAGUAUGGGUUGCGAAUAGGGAUAAACCACUUGAUAGUGCUGAUGCUAACUUGAUAAUUAGUCGAGGCAAUCUGGUUCUUGUCGAUAGACUUCAAAACUCAAUUUGGUCUGCACUUGCUGGGAACAUCAAUCCAAAUAUUUCAGUUACUGCACUUCUUCGUGAUGAUGGGAAUUUGAUUUUGAAUGAUGUGUCCAAGGCAUCAAUGCCCUUACUACUUUGGCAAAGUUUUGACUACCCAACACACACUUUUUUGCCUGGUGCUAAGAUUGGAUAUGACAAACGGACACAAAGAAAACAGCUUCUGAUUUCAUGGAAGAAUUUGAGCGAUCCAGCACCAGGAUUAUAUUCCAUGGAAAUGGACCCAACGCGUGCUCAAAUUGUUGUAAAAUGGAAUAGGACUAGAGAGUAUUGGGCUAGUGGUUCAUGGGAUGGCAGGACAUUUAGCUUAGUGCCUGAGAUGAGGACAAACUACAUAUAUAAUUUCAGUUAUAUCGACAAUGAGAAUGAGUCGUAUUUUACAUAUUCCCUUAACAAUAGUUCACUCACAUCAAAAUGGAUGAUGGAUGUCUCCGGACUAAUUAAGCAACAAUCAAUCCUAGUUGGCAAUGCUUAG